AUGCCUGGGUUGGAUCAUGAGCUGGAGGAAGAAAUGAAACAAUUCGACGAAACAAAAGCUGGUGUGAAAGGCCUUGUAGAUUCUGGGGUGACCAAGCUCCCAAGGAUGUUCAAACACCCUCCAGAGGAUCUACCGUCCCCUAACCAUAACAAUGGCAUUAGCAACCUCCAAGUUCCUGUCAUUGAUCUCGAAGAUGUCGAGGACAGCGAAACGCGGAGCAAAAUCAUCAAUGACCUCAGAAAGGCAGCUGAGGAAUGGGGUUUCUUUCAGAUUGUGAACCAUUCAGUUCCAGUUGGUGUGAUGGAUGAUGUGCUGAAAGGCAUUCGACGAUUUCAUGAGCAGCCCCAGGAAGCCAAGGAGGUGUGGUAUUCGCGCGAUUUCACGAAGAAGGUCAACUUCGUCAGUAAUGCAGAAUUCAAGGUGUCUCUUCCAGCUUGUUGGAGAGACACAUUGUCUUGCAAGGUCCUAGAAGAUGAGCAUAACUUCGAGGCAAUCCCUGAAAUCUGCAGGGCGGAAAUAAAAGAGUAUAUGAAGUACCUUGUUCAAGUGAAGGAUAAGCUUUCUAAAUUAAUUUCGGAAGCUUUAGGUCUAACCAGCGAUUACCUUGACAACCUAAGGUGCUUCGAAUCGAGGUCAUUGGCAUGCCACUAUUAUCCAGUUUGCCCAGAGCCCCAUUUGACUCUCGGCGGACACAAGCACUCUGACCUCGGCUUCAUCACCUUGCUCUUGCGAGCUAGUGAAGGCCUACAGUUACUUCAUCAAAAUGUUUGGAUUGACGUUCAACCGGUGAAGGGAGCUUUGCUUGCCAAUGUAUCUGAUAUGCUGCAGAUCAUUACUAAUGGCAAGUUCAAGAGUGCAGAGCACAGAGUAGUACUUCCACCAACCCUCGAGCCCCUUACAUCAAUUGCAUGUUUCAUUGGCACAGACGACCUCCAAAAACCAUACGGGCCGUUAAAGGAGCUUAUAUCCGAAAACAAUCCACCAAUUUACAAAGAAGUCGUUUUUGGAGAGUACGUGAAACGUUACAAACUAUAG